AAAGCAAAGUAAUAUUUGAGCUUAAAUGAACGAUUAGCACGUUGUGUUUGUGAUGCACAGCAAACGCGCUCAUCCAGUCAAAGGUUGUCUCUGGACUUAAUCCACUGUUUCUGUUUGGUCUUAGCUGUAGCAUCGGAGCUACCGGCGGUAGCCAGCGUGCACAGGCGACCGACCUGUUAGCAUUACCACAACAUGUUUCGAUCCAAACCAACUCUGAAGGACCGACAGCAUCUCUAUAAGCUGAUCAUCAGCCAGCUUCUGUAUGACGGAUACACCAACAUCGCUAACAGUCUCAUCAGUGAAGUCAAACCACAGAGUGUGGUGUCGCCCUCCGAGCAGCUCAUGCAACUAACAAAGAUCGGGAUGGAAAAUGAUGACAGCGCGGUCCAGUAUGCUAUUGGACGCUCAGAUACAGUAGCGCCUGGCAUUGGCAUUGAUCUAGAAUUUGAUGCAGAUGUCCAGACCAUGUCACCAGAAGCCUCAGAAUAUGAGACCUGCUAUGUCACAUCCCAUAAGGGGCCGUGCCGUGUAGCGACAUAUAGUCGUGAUGGGCAGCUUAUUGCCACCGGCUCGGCUGACGCCUCCAUUAAGAUCCUGGACACUGAACGAAUGCUUGCAAAGAGUGCCAUGCCCAUUGAGGUGAUGAUGAAUGAGACGGCACAACAAAACAUGGAGAAUCACCCGGUAAUUCGAACAUUGUAUGACCAUGUAGACGAGGUCACCUGCCUAGCCUUCCAUCCCACUGAACAGAUUCUAGCCUCUGGCUCAAGAGAUUACACCCUCAAACUAUUCGACUACUCGAAACCCUCUGCAAAAAGAGCAUUUAAAUAUAUACAGGAAGCAGAAAUGCUUCGUUCAAUCUCCUUUCACCCAUCCGGGGACUUCUUGCUGGUGGGGACACAGCACCCCACCCUCCGUCUAUAUGAUGUCAACACCUUCCAAUGCUUUGUAUCUUGUAACCCUCUGGACCAGCACACUGACACCAUCAGUGGUGUCAGCUACAAUCCCUCUGCCAACAGUUAUGUCACCUGCAGCAAGGACGGCAACAUCAAACUGUGGGAUGGUGUGUCUAACCGUUGUGUGUCCACCUUUGAGAAAGCUCAUGAUGGUGCUGAGGUUUGCUCUGCCAUCUUUUCCAAGAAUUCCAAGUAUAUCCUGUCCAGUGGAAAAGACUCUGUGGUGAAACUGUGGGAGAUAUCUACAGGCCGAACCCUAGUCAAGUACACAGGUGCGGGGCUGAGCGGCCGGCAGAUGCAUCGUACUCAAGGCGUCUUCAACCACACAGAGGACUAUGUGCUCCUGCCCGAUGAGCGCACCAUCAGCCUCUGCUGCUGGGACUCCCGCACAGCUGAAAGGAAAAACCUUCUAUCUCUUGGUCACAACAACAUUGUCCGCUGCAUCGUUCACUCCCCCACCAACCCCGGCUUCAUGACCUGCAGUGACGACUUCAGGGCUCGCUUCUGGUACCGUCGGACCACCACAGACUGAGCCACGCUUUCACCAAGUCAGAUCCUCUAGCUCCUCAUUCAGUUUGCAUCUUCCAUCUGGCCAGUUGUGUCUAUAGUUGUAAGCUCAUUUCAGUGUAUGUUGUAGAAAUUGUGCCACAUUGCAAGACCUUAAAGUGUGGACAUCCUGCCAACUUGGGAUGUCUUCUUUUCUUCAGAAUUUUUAUUAUUAUUUUAUUUGUCAUGUUUAAAUACAAAUAUAAAACUACUUUUGCUGCUUGGGAACAAAAAUAAGUCACAUUUCUCUUUUGUUUGUCAUAUUUGGCUAGUGUUGAUUUUGUGUCUUUUCCACUUUUAUACUUUGUAGAUGUCCUUUUCUUAUGAUUCGGAUUUUAAAUAAAGUGUUAAAAGGAAGGAGCCACUGCUAUGAAUUUGUCUAAAGUCCCCUCUGAACAAAUAACCACAGCUAUAGUAACAUCCUGUUGAUAUUUUAAGACCGCUGUCUUUGCUGCCAAGCGUGUAGCGAAUAACAAAUGGGCACUUAUACCACAUAGCACAAAUGCAUUGUUCAGUAAUUACUUUUGCCUACAAGCAGUCAAAAUAAACGCAUCGUAAAAAGUGAUUUAAAAAAUGAA